GGGAGACAACGAAGACAGCGAGCAAGAUCAAGGCAGUGGUUCAGGUGACGACAAUGGCAGUGAUACAGGCAGUGGUAGUGAUGUUGACAAUGGGAGUAAUAUGAGCAAUGACAACAACGAGGGCAGUGGUUCAGAUGUCAACAGUGAGGGAGACAACGAAGACAGCGAGCAAGAUCAAGGCAGUGGUUCAGGUGACGACAAUGGCAGUGAUACAGGCAGUGGUAGUGAUGAUGACAAUGGUAGUAAUAUGAGCAAUGACAACAACGAGGGCAGUGGUUCAGAUGUCAACAGUGAGGGAGACAACGAAGACAGCGAACAAAAUCAAGGCAGUGGUUCAGGUGACGACAAUGGCAGUGAUACAGGCAGUGGUAGUGAUGAUGACAAUGGUAGUAAUAUGAGCAAUGACAACAACGAGGGCAGUGGUUCAGAUGUCAACAGUGAGGGAGACAACGAAGACAGCGAGCAAGAUCAAGGCAGUGGUUCAGGUGACGACAAUGGCAGUGAUACAGGCAGUGGUAGUGAUGUUGACAAUGGGAGUAAUAUGAGCAAUGACAACAACGAGGGCAGUGGUUCAGAUGUCAACAGUGAGGGAGACAACGAAGACAGCGAACAAGAUCAAGGCAGUGGUUCAGGUGACGACAAUGGCAGUGAUACAGGCAGUGGUAGUGAUGAUGACAAUGGUAGUAAUAUGAGCAAUGACAACAACGAGGGCAGUGGUUCAGAUGUCAACAGUGAGGGAGACAACGAAGACAGCGAGCAAGAUCAAGGCAGUGGUUCAGGUGACGACAAUGGCAGUGAUACAGGCAGUGGUAGUGAUGUUGACAAUGGGAGUAAUAUGAGCAAUGACAACAACGAGGGCAGUGGUUCAGAUGUUAACAGUGAGGGAGACAACGAAGACAGCGAACAAGAUCAAGGCAGUGGUUCAGGUGACGACAAUGGCAGUGAUACAGGCAGUGGUAGUGAUGAUGACAAUGGUAGUAAUAUGAGCAAUGACAACAACGAGGGCAGUGGUUCAGAUGUCAACAGUGAGGGAGACAACGAAGACAGCGAGCAAGAUCAAGGCAGUGGUUCAGGUGACGACAAUGGCAGUGAUACAGGCAGUGGUAGUGAUGUUGACGAUGGGAGUAAUAUGAGCAAUGACAACAACGAGGGCAGUGGUUCAGAUGUCAACAGUGAGGGAGACAACGAAGACAGCGAACAAGAUCAAGGCAGUGGUUCAGGUGACGACAAUGGCAGUGAUACAGGCAGUGGUAGUGAUGAUGACAAUGGUAGUAAUAUGAGCAAUGACAACAACGAGGGCAGUGGUUCAGAUGUCAACAGUGAGGGAGACAACGAAGACAGCGAGCAAGAUCAAGGCAGUGGUUCAGGUGACGACAAUGGCAGUGAUACAGGCAGUGGUAGUGAUGUUGACAAUGGGAGUAAUAUGAGCAAUGACAACAACGAGGGCAGUGGUUCAGAUGUCAACAGUGAGGGAGACAACGAAGACAGCGAACAAGAUCAAGGCAGUGGUUCAGGUGGCGACAAUGGCAGUGAUACAGGCAGUGGUAGUGAUGAUGACAAUGGUAGUAAUAUGAGCAAUGACAACAACGAGGGCAGUGGUUCAGAUGUCAACAGUGAGGGAGACAACGAAGACAGCGAGCAAGAUCAAGGCAGUGGUUCAGGUGACGACAAUGGCAGUGAUACAGGCAGUGGUAGUGAUGUUGACAAUGGGAGUAAUAUGAGCAAUGACAACAAUGAGGGCAGUGGUUCAGAUGUCAACAGUGAGGGAGACAACGAAGACAGCGAGCAAGAUCAAGGCAGUGGUUCAGGUGGCGACAAUGGCAGUGAUACAGGCAGUGGUAGUGAUGAUGACAAUAAUAGUAAUAUGAGCAAUGACAACAACGAGGGCAGUGGUUCAGAUGUGACGGACGAUAAGGAUGACAACACUGAAGAGUUUGAGGCCAGUGGUUCAGAUGAUGACUCUGAAGAAACUGAGGAUAAUGAGGAAAAUGAUACCAGUGGUAGUGACCUCAGCAGUGGAAGUGGUUCAGAUGAGGACAGUGAAGUAAAAGAUGACAUUGAAGAAUUUGUGAGCAGUGAAACAAAUGAAGACGUUGGUACUGAUCCAGGCAAUGAAAGUGAAUCCAAUGGCAGUGAUACAGGCAGUGGUAGUGAUGAUGACAAUGGUAGUAAUAUGAGCAAUGACAACAACGAGGGCAGUGGUUCAGAUGUCAACAGUGAGGGAGACAACGAAGACAGCGAGCAAGAUCAAGGCAGUGGUUCAGGUGACGACAAUGGCAGUGAUACAGGCAGUGGUAGUGAUGAUGACAAUGGUAGUAAUAUGAGUAAUGACAACAACGAGGGCAGUGGUUCAGAUGUCAACAGUGAGGGAGACAACGAAGACAGCGAGCAAGAUCAAGGCAGUGGUUCAGGUGACGACAAUGGCAGUGAUACAGGCAGUGGUAGUGAUGAUGACAAUGGUAGUAAUAUGAGCAAUGACAACAACGAGGGCAGUGGUUCAGAUGUCAACAGUGAGGGAGACAACGAAGACAGCGAGCAAGAUCAAGGCAGUGGUUAGGUGACGACAAUGGCAAGUGAUACAGGCAGUGGUAGUGAUGAUGACAAUGGUAGUAAUAUGAGCAAUGACAACAACGAGAGCAGUGGUUCAGAUGUCAACAGUGAGGGAGACAACGAAGCAGUGGUUCAGGUGACGACAAUGGCAGUGAUACAGGCAGUGGUAGUGAUGAUGACAAUGGUAGUAAUAUGAGCAAUGACAACAACGAGGGCAGUGGUUCAGAUGUCAACAGUGAGGGAGACAACGAAGACAGCGAGCAAGAUCAAGGCAGUGGUUUAGGUGACGACAAUGGCAAUGAUACAGGCAGUGGUAGUGAUGAUGACAAUGGUAGUAAUAUGAGCAAUGACAACAACGAGAGCAGUGGUUCAGAUGUCAACAGUGAGGGAGACAACGAAGGCAGUGGUUCAGGUGACGACAAUGGCAGUGAUACAGGCAGUGGUAGUGAUGUUGACGAUGGGAGUAAUAUGAGCAAUGACAACAACGAGGGCAGUGGUUCAGAUGUCAACAGUGAGGGAGACAACGAAGACAGCGAACAAGAUCAAGGCAGUGGUUCAGGUGACGACAAUGGCAGUGAUACAGGCAGUGGUAGUGAUGAUGACAAUGGUAGUAAUAUGAGCAAUGACAACAACGUGGGGCAGUGGUUCAGAUGUCAACAGUGAGGGAGACAACGAAGACAGCGAGCAGAUCAAGGCAGUGGUUCAGGUGACGACAAUGGCAGUGAUACAGGCAGUGGUAGUGAUGUUGACAAUGGGAGUAAUAUGAGCAAUGACAACAACGAGGGCAGUGGUUCAGAUGUCAACAGUGAGGGAGACAACGAAGACAGCGAACAAGAUCAAGGCAGUGGUUCAGGUGGCGACAAUGGCAGUGAUACAGGCAGUGGUAGUGAUGAUGACAAUGGUAGUAAUAUGAGCAAUGACAACAACGAGGGCAGUGGUUCAGAUGUCAACAGUGAGGGAGACAACGAAGACAGCGAGCAAGAUCAAGGCAGUGGUUCAGGUGACGACAAUGGCAGUGAUACAGGCAGUGGUAGUGAUGUUGACAAUGGGAGUAAUAUGAGCAAUGACAACAAUGAGGGCAGUGGUUCAGAUGUCAACAGUGAGGGAGACAACGAAGACAGCGAGCAAGAUCAAGGCAGUGGUUCAGGUGGCGACAAUGGCAGUGAUACAGGCAGUGGUAGUGAUGAUGACAAUGGUAGUAAUAUGAGCAAUGACAACAACGAGGGCAGUGGUUCAGAUGUGACGGACGAUAAGGAUGACAACACUGAAGAGUUUGAGGCCAGUGGUUCAGAUGAUGACUCUGAAGAAACUGAGGAUAAUGAGGAAAAUGAUACCAGUGGUAGUGACCUCAGCAGUGGAAGUGGUUCAGAUGAGGACAGUGAAGUAAAAGAUGACAUUGAAGAAUUUGUGAGCAGUGAAACAAAUGAAGACGUUGGUACUGAUCCAGGCAAUGAAAGUGAAUCCAAUGGCAGUGAUACAGGCAGUGGUAGUGAUGAUGACAAUGGUAGUAAUAUGAGCAAUGACAACAACGAGGGCAGUGGUUCAGAUGUCAACAGUGAGGGAGACAACGAAGACAGCGAGCAAGAUCAAGGCAGUGGUUCAGGUGACGACAAUGGCAGUGAUACAGGCAGUGGUAGUGAUGAUGACAAUGGUAGUAAUAUGAGUAAUGACAACAACGAGGGCAGUGGUUCAGAUGUCAACAGUGAGGGAGACAACGAAGACAGCGAGCAAGAUCAAGGCAGUGGUUCAGGUGACGACAAUGGCAGUGAUACAGGCAGUGGUAGUGAUGUUGACAAUGGGAGUAAUAUGAGCAAUGACAACAAUGAGGGCAGUGGUUCAGAUGUCAACAGUGAGGGAGACAACGAAGACAGUGAACAAGAUCAAGGCAGUGGUUCAGGUGACGACAAUGGCAGUGAUACAGGCAGUGGUAGUGAUGAUGACAAUGGUAGUAAUAUGAGCAAUGACAACAACGAGGGCAGUGGUUCAGAUGUCAACAGUGAGGGAGACAACGAAGACAGCGAGCAAGAUCAAGGCAGUGGUUCAGGUGACGACAAUGGCAGUGAUACAGGCAGUGGUAGUGAUGAUGACAAUAGUAGUAAUAUGAGCAAUGACAACAACGAGGGCAGUGGUUCAGAUGUCAACAGUGAGGGAGACAACGAAGACAACGAACAAGAUCAAGGCAGUGGUUCAGGUGACGACAAUGGCAGUGAUACAGGCAGUGGUAGUGAUGAUGACAAUGGUAGUAAUAUGAGCAAUGACAACAACGAGGGCAGUGGUUCAGAUGUCAACAGUGAGGGAGACAACGAAGACAGUGAGCAAGAUCAAGGCAGUGGUUCAGGUGACGACAAUGGCAGUGAUACAGGCAGUGGUAGUGAUGUUGACAAUGGGAGUAAUAUGAGCAAUGACAACAACGAGGGCAGUGGUUCAGAUGUCAACAGUGAGGGAGACAACGAAGACAGCGAACAAGAUCAAGGCAGUGGUUCAGGUGACGACAAUGGCAGUGAUACAGGCAGUGGUAGUGAUGAUGACAAUGGUAGUAAUAUGAGCAAUGACAACAACGAGGGCAGUGGUUCAGAUGUCAACAGUGAGGGAGACGACGAAGACAGCGAGCAAGAUCAAGGCAGUGGAUCAGGUGACGACAAUGGCAGUGAUACAGGCAGUGGUAGUGAUGAUGACAAUAGUAGUAAUAUGAGCAAUGACAACAACGAGGGCAGUGGUUCAGAUGUCAACAGUGAGGGAGACAACGAAGACAGCGAGCAAGAUCAAGGCAGUGGUUCAGGUGACGACAAUGGCAAUGAUACAGGCAGUGGUAGUGAUGAUGACAAUGGUAGUAAUAUGAGCAAUGACAACAACGAGGGCAGUGGUUCAGAUGUCAACAGUGAGGGAGACAACGAAGACAGCGAGCAAGAUCAAGGCAGUGGUUCAGGUGACGACAAUGGCAGUGAUACAGGCAGUGGUAGUGAUGAUGACAAUGGUAGUAAUAUGAGCAAUGACAACAACGAGGGCAGUGGGUCAGAUGUCAACAGUGAGGGAGACAACGAAGACAGCGAGCAAGAUCAAGGCAGUGGUUCAGGUGACGACAAUGGCAGUGAUACAGGCAGUGGUAGUGAUGAUGACAAUGGUAGUAAUAUGAGCAAUGACAACAACGAGGGCAGUGGUUCAGAUGUCAACAGUGAGGGAGACAACGAAGACAGCAAACAAGAUCAAGGCAGUGGUUCAGGUGACGACAAUGGCAGUGAUACAGGCAGUGGUAGUGAUGAUGACAAUGGUAGUAAUAUGAGCAAUGACAACGAGGACAGUGGUUCAGAUGUCAACAGUGAGGGAGACAACGAAGACAGCGAGCAAGAUCAAGGCAGUGGUUCAGGUGACGACAAUGGCAGUGAUACAGGCAGUGGUAGUGAUGAUGACAAUGGUAGUAAUAUGAGCAAUGACAACAACGAGGGCAGUGGUUCAGAUGUCAACAGUGAGGGAGACAACGAAGACAGCAAACAAGAUCAAGGCAGUGGUUCAGGUGACGACAAUGGCAGUGAUACAGGCAGUGGUAGUGAUGAUGACAAUGGUAGUAAUAUGAGCAAUGACAACAACGAGGGCAGUGGUUCAGAUGUCAACAGUGAGGGAGACAAUGAAGACAGCGAGCAAGAUCAAGGCAGUGGUUCAGGUGACGACAAUGGCAGUGAUACAGGCAGUGGUAGUGAUGAUGACAAUGGUAGUAAUAUGAGCAAUGACAACAACGAGGGCAGUGGUUCAGAUGUCAACAGUGAGGGAGACAACGAAGACAGCGAGCAAGAUCAAGGCAGUGGUUCAGGUGACGACAAUGGCAGUGAUACAGGCAGUGGUAGUGAUGAUGACAAUGGUAGUAAUAUGAGCAAUGACAACAACGAGGGCAGUGGUUCAGAUGUCAACAGUGAGGGAGACAACGAAGAUAGCGAGCAAGAUCAAGGCAGUGGUUCAGGUGACGACAAUGGCAGUGAUACAGGCAGUGGUAGUGAUGAUGACAAUGGUAGUAAUAUGAGCAAUGACAACAACGAGGGCAGUGGUUCAGAUGUCAACAGUGAGGGAGACAACGAAGACAGCGAGCAAGAUCAAGGCAGUGGUUCAGGUGACGACAAUGGCAGUGAUACAGGCAGUGGUAGUGAUGUUGACAAUGGGAGUAAUAUGAGCAAUGACAACAACGAGGGCAGUGGUUCAGAUGUCAACAGUGAGGGACACAACGAAGACAGCGAACAAGAUCAAGGCAGUGGUUCAGGUGACGACAAUGGCAGUGAUACAGGCAGUGGUAGUGAUGAUGACAAUGGUAGUAAUAUGAGCAAUGACAACAACGAGGGCAGUGGUUCAGAUGUCAACAGUGACGGAGACAACGAAGACAGCGAGCAAGAUCAAGGCAGUGGUUCAGGUGACGACAAUGGCAGUGAUACAGGCAGUGGUAGUGAUGAUGACAAUGGUAGUAAUAUGAGCAAUGACAACAUCGAGGGCAGUGGUUCAGAUGUGACGGACGAUAAGGAUGACAACACUGAAGAGGUUGAGGCCAGUGGUUCAGAUGAUGACUCUGAAGAAACUGAGGAUAAUGAGGAAAAUGAUACCAGUGGUAGUGACCUCAGCAGUGGAAGUGGUUCAGAUGAGGACAGUGAAGUAAAAGACGACAUUGAAGAACUGGUGAGCAGUGAAACAAAUGAAGACGUUGGUACUGAUCCAGGCAAUGAAAGUGAAUCCAAUGGCAGUGAUACAGGCAGUGGUAGUGAUGAUGACAAUGGUAGUAAUAUGAGCAAUGACAACAACGAGGGCAGUGGUUCAGAUGUCAACAGUGAGGGAGACAACGAAGACAGCGAGCAAGAUCAAGGCAGUGGUUCAGGUGACGACAAUGGCAGUGAUACAGGCAGUGGUAGUGAUGUUGACAAUGGGAGUAAUAUGAGCAAUGACAACAACGAGGGCAGUGGUUCAGAUGUCAACAGUGAGGGAGACAACGAAGACAGCGAACAAGAUCAAGGCAGUGGUUCAGGUGACAACAAUGGCAGUGAUACAGGCAGUGGUAGUGAUGAUGACAAUGGUAGUAAUAUGAGCAAUGACAACAACGAGGGCAGUGGUUCAGAUGUCAACAGUGAGGGAGACAACGAAGACAGCGAGCAAGAUCAAGGCAAUGGUUCAGGUGAUGACAAUGGCAGUGAUACAGGCAGUGGUAGUGAUGACAAUGAUAGUAAUAUGAGCAAUGACAACAACGAGGGCAGUGGUUCAGAUGUCAACAGUGAGGGACACAACGAAGACAGUGAGCAAAAUCAAGGCAGUGGUUCAGGUGACGACAAUGGCAAUGAUACAGGCAGUGGUAGUGAUGAUGACAAUGGUAGUAAUAUGAGCAAUGACAACAACGAGGGCAGUGGUUCAGAUGAUGACACUGAAGAAACUGAGGACAAUGAGGAAAAUGAUACCAGUGGUAGUGACCUCAGCAGUGGAAGUGGUUCAGAUGGGGACAACAGUCAAGGGGACAACAGUCAAGGGGACAACAGUCAUGAGUGCAACUACGAUGAAAGCAAAGAGGACAAAGAUGAAUGCUGGACAAAAUGGUUUAAUAGAGAUGAUCCCAGUGGGUCAGGAGAUUGGGAGACCCUAGACCUUCUUUACCAUGAAAACCCUGGGAUGAUCUGCAACAGGCCUCUUCGUAUGCAAGUCAGGACUACAUCUGGGCACAGUGUUUCUUCAACUGGGAAUGUCAUUACAAUGACAGACACACGAAAUGGCUUUGUCUGUAAAAACUCUGACCAACAACCAGGUUCAGAGUGUGCGAAUUAUGAAGUCCGUUUCCUCUGCCCUCAAGAGUUUUGUCAUCCCAAAGUGUGCUGGACCAGGUGGUUUGACCAAGACAGCCCUAGUGGCAUUGGGGACUUUGAACUCCUUUGUGACUUGAGAGCUGAAAAUCCUGGACAAAUCUGUGAAAGUCCACUUUACAUUGAAGUUGUGACCAAGCACAACCAUAUGCCUGCUGACUUCACUGGACAGUCAUUCCACAUAUACAGCCCCACUGAAGGUUUUGUCUGCCGCAAUCGUGACCAGAAAAAUCGUCGCUGCUAUAACUACAAGGUCCGAUAUGGCUGUCCAUGUGACGUGUAGACACUUUACCCGUCAUUAUCACAUUAAAAUGAUUAUCAAAAGAUAUUACCUAUAUUGAAAUAUUUAUAUAUUUAUUUUCUGAGUUAUGUAAGUAUUGUAUGUAAAGGUCAUUUGUGCUAAUAGGAACAUUUCUGGUAUGAUUGUUUUUUAACAUUGUAUGUAACUUCUGUAACUGGACAAAAUUAUGACAGUGGAGGUAUUGUAGAAGUCAUUCAAUUGUGUAUGGAAAUCUUUUCAAGAAUAUGAUUUUGCAUAUUGUUAUGGGCCAGGCCCAUAGUUAUUGUAGUCUAAAUACUGUAAUAAUUCAUGUUGUUGGACAGUAAGACCAAUAACUCAUUUUAAACUAUUAAAUAUAAGUGGAAUAUAUACAACCUACCAGAACCGUGCAACUUUUUAAAAUUAAAUAUAAUCGUUUUUGUAUUAAGCUUCAGGUGCAUUUAACAAGUCUUCAUGUUUUCAAAAUAUUCCUCAGUCGAGUGGGAUAGUAUCUGAGGUUAUAGCACUUGGCCAGGGCCCGCCUUGCUCUGUGCUCCCCGUGUGUCUGUUUAUUUAUGAUGUGUCUCAUUUAUAUAUGAUGUCUGAGUCGUGCCUUAGAGAACAUUUUUUGUUAUUUCUUUAUGUAAACCUGAGUGGCCCUCACACUCCUUAUAAUUAAAACAGCUACAUAACCAUUAAACAAUCUUGGUCGUGUUACUUUCUC